AUGUCGACGGACACGGAUGCAAAGACGGCUGCUGGUGCCGGUGCCGAUGCCGGUGCCGAACACCACGAGACGGCGCCGGUGCCCUUUCACCCCAGCAACAGCAACAGCAACAGCAACACCGACCUCACCAUCGACGAGAAGAACAAUGCUACGGCCACACUCGCCCCAGCAGUCAACGCCAGCGCGUCGGCAGCUCUCGCCGCAGCCGUGGCGGCCAACAAGCCCAAGCUGCUAUCCAAGAACAUGCUGCACCUCUACUUCAUCAUGGGCAUCGGCUAUCUAGUCUCGACCAUGAACGGAUUCGACUCCUCCCUCAUGGGCGCCAUCAACGCCAUGGUACCCUACCAGAAGUCCUUCAACCUCUCAGGCUCAGGCUCCUCCACAGGUCUCGUCUUCAUCAUCUACAACCUAGGCCAGAUCGCCGCCUUCCCCUUCUGCGGCCUGCUCGCCGACGGCUACGGGCGGCGGGUGUGCAUCUCCGUCGGCUGCGCCGUGGUCCUCGUCGGGACCGCCGUCCAGGGCUCCGCGCACGCUAUGGGCCAGUUCAUCGCCGGCAGAUUCGUGCUGGGCUUCGGGGCGGCGUUGGCUUCGGCGGCGGGCCCGGCUUACACGGUUGAGUUGGCACAUCCGGCGUAUCGUGGGACUAUGGCUGGGUCAUACAACAACUUUUGGUGGCUGGGGAAUAUCAUUGCCGGAUGGACCACGUACGGUUCAAACAAGAACCUGACUUCGUCGUGGGCGUGGCGCAUCCCGACGCUGGUACAAGCGGGCAUGCCAGCCAUCGUGAUGGUCCUGAUCAUGUUCUUCCCUGAAUCGCCACGCUGGCUGAUCGCCCAAGACCGGCGGGAGGAGGCCCUCGCCGUCUUUGCCAAGUACCACGGCGACGGCGAUGAGAACUCCCCCGUCGUACAGCUGCAGUACCACGAGGUCAUCGACCAGCUCCACGCCACGAGGGACGACAACCCGUGGUGGGAUUUCCGCGAGCUGGUCAAUACCCGCGGGGCACGGUAUCGGUUGUACAUGGUCAUCGGCAUGAGCUUCAUCGGUCAGUGGUCCGGUAACAACGUCCCGACAAUGAUCAAAAACGCCGGCAUAACCGACCCCAACAAGCAACUCCUGAUCAACGCCAUCAACCCCAUCUUUUCCCUGCUCGGUGCCGUCUACGGCGCCACGCUCCUCGACAAGCUCGGCCGCCGCUUCAUGAUGCUCGCCGGCCUCGUGGGCGCCCUCUUCUCGUACAUCCUGCUCACGGCCUUCACGGCCGCGAGCGCGGAGCAGCUGUCCCUCUCCUACGGCGUUAUCGUCUCCAUCUUCCUCUUCGGCAUCGUCUUCGCCUGGGGCUUCACGCCCCUGCAGACCCUGUACGCCGUCGAGUGCCUCGAGAACCGGACGCGCGCCAAGGGCAGCGGCCUGAACUUCCUCUUCCUGAAUGUCGCCAUGGUCGUCAACACGUACGGCAUCAGCGUCGGCAUCGAGAAGAUCGGCUGGAAGCUGUACCUCGUCUAUAUCGGCUGGAUCGGCGUCGAGAUGGCCAUCAUCUAUUUUUUCUUUGUGGAGACGGCGGGCAAGACGCUGGAGGAGAUGGCGAGUAUUUUCAAUGCCAAGAAUCCGCGGAAGGAGAGCACGAAGAAGACGAGGAUUGUGGAGAUUGAUGAUUGA